GACAAGUUCUCCUACCACAGUAAGGACAGCAGAUGGUCUUUGCCUUCUGCAAAUCCUCCUCUCUGUACAACAUCCUGGGACCCAGAAACACCUUGGAGAAGAGAGGAGGAGAGAAGAAGAUUCACGGCCAUCAGCACCCAGCCCUGCAGCCCAUUUACAGCCAGGACCUGCUCCCAGCCGCCAGUAGCCAUGGAAGGAAACCGGGAUAAUCACCGGAGCGUGUUGAACCUGGUGGCUGUGUUUGAGGAGCACUGGGACGGCAAAUUGGCCUGGAGGGACAAGCAGGCUCUGCAGGGCCAGAGUACAGCAAGCAACCAGCCCCACCAGGUUCCAGCAUCCCCCGCCAGCCAGAGCCUCUCCCAGACAGCUGCGAGGUACCCUGCAGAGCAAGAGGAGGAGGAGGAAGAACACCAGGGGCAGCGGGGGCUCAGCUUCAAAUGCCUCCGUUCUUUCCGACACAAAAUCAGUGAGGACAACUGGAGAAGGCAGCAGGACACAGACCUGGAGCCUGGCAGCAAGGAACCAGAGGAAAAGAAAAUUGCUCUGGAGCUGCUGGAGACAGAACAGGCUUACGUCAACCGCCUCCACCUUCUCGACCAGGUAUUCUAUAUGGAAUUGAUGAAAGAAGCCAGAAACGGGAAGACAGUCCCGGAGGAGGUGGUGAAAAUGAUCUUCUCUAACAUCUCCUCCAUCUACCAGUUCCAUGCCAAGUUCUUCCUGCCAGAGCUACAGAAGCGCAUGGAGGAUUGGAGCUGCAACCCACGGAUCGGGGAUGUGAUCCAGAAGCUUGCACCGUUCCUCAAGAUGUAUGGUGAAUAUGUGAAGAACUUUGACAAGGCUGUGGAGCUCAUCACCGUCUGGUCAGAGAAAUCCUUGCCGUUCCAGGAGCUCAUUGCUGACAUCCAGAAGAGGAAGGUCUGCGCUAACCUUACGCUGCAGCACCACAUGCUGGAACCUGUGCAGAGGAUCCCACGCUAUGAACUCCUCCUGAAAGAUUAUGUCCAAAAACUACCACCAGAGUCCCCAGAUCGGGACGAUGCAGAGAGGGCCUUGGAGAUGAUUUUCAUGGUGGCCAAGCAUUCGAAUGCGGCCAUCGCUGAGAUGGAGCGACUGCAGAACCUCUGGGUGGUCUAUCAGCGGCUGGGCCUUGAGGAUGACAUUGUGGAUCCCUCCAACGAGUUGAUCAAGGAGGGACCGAUCCAAAAAGUCUCCACCCGCAACAACAGCACAUCGGAGAAGUACCUGUUCCUGUUCAACAACAUGCUGCUCUACUGCGUGCCCAAGGUCAUCCAGGUGGGCGCUGAGUUCCAGGUCCACCUCCGCAUCGAUGUGGAUGGCAUGAAGGUGCAGGAGCUGUAUGACAUGCAAUUCCCUCACACCUUCCUGGUCUCGGGAAAGCAGCGGACGCUGGAGCUGCAAGCCAGGUCUGGGGAGGAGAUGAAUGCCUGGAUCAAGGCCUUCCAAGAUGCCAUUGACAGGAAGGAGAAGAGGAGUGAGACCUUUAAGACAGCGGUGCAUGGGCUGGAGAUGGAGACCCCUGCGCUGAAGACAGAGAAGCUGGGCCACCGAGCUCCACAGUGGGUGCGGGACAACCUGGUGACCAUGUGCAUGCGCUGCAAGGAGCCCUUCAAUGCCAUCACGCGCCGAAGACACCACUGUCGAGCUUGCGGAUACGUGGUGUGCGCUCGCUGUUCUGACUACAAGGCCGAGCUGCAGUACGAUGGGAACCGCCCGAACCGCGUGUGCCUGGAGUGUUACGUUUUCCUGACAGGGCACAUGGUGCUCGAGGACCAGGAGGAGAAGCACAAAGGCAUCCUGGAGAAAGAAGCCGCAGAGGUGUCAGGCAAGAGUUUGCUGUGCAGUUUCCUGCAGCUGCUGGACAAGAAUGGCAAGGGGGGCAUGCGGGGCUGGUUUGUGAUCCCGCGGGAUGAUCCUCUAGUGCUCUACAUCUAUGCAGCCCCCCAGGAUGUCCGAGCCCACACCUCCAUCCCGCUGCUGGGCUACCAGGUGAAGGACCUUGCCCAGGGUGACUCCCGACACCUCUUCCAACUGGUGCAGUCCCGGCAGGUCUACACCUUUGUGGCCAACACCAAGGAGCUGAAACGGUGCUGGAUGAGGGCCAUGGCACGCUCCGCCGCGGGGAUCACACACCUGGAGGAGGAUGAGGAUGCAGACUCCUGCGAUGAAGCAGAAUGAGGCCAUGCCCGCCUCCUGGGCUGCCUGGUGGGUCAAACCACCCACUGCCCAUCCUGCUCAUGGCCAGCCUUGGGCAGAUCCCCAACCUCUUUGUAUUUUGGCUUUUCAUCAUGGAAAGAGCAAGACAGUGACAUAUUUGCCACUGCAUGGACAGGCCAGAUUUCCCUUCUCCUCCCUCGGAAUCACAGUCACUGAGGUUGCAGAAGACCUUUAAGAUCAAGUCCAACCGUACACCUCACACUGCAAGUUCACCUCUACACCAUGUCCUUAAGCACCACAUCCACAUCUUUUAAAUCCCUCCAGGGAUGGGGACUCCAGCACUGCCCUGAGCAGCCUCUGCCACUGCCUGAGAAUCCUUUCAGUGAAGGAAUUUUUCC